CUCUCACAUGGCACUAUAAAUACCCACACCAAACUUAGAAUCACUGACCCAUAUAUGAACAAAACACACAGACAUAUAGAAAACCAACCCACCACUCCUUCACUUUCUCUCUCUGGUUUUUUUUUUUUUUUUUUUUUUUCCUGCAAAAUGGGUCAAAGCCUAUUGGAAGCCCUGAACGUCCGGGUGAUCGGCUCCGGCGAGAAAAUCCUCGUCCUCGCCCACGGUGUCGGCACCGAUCAAUCGGCGUGGCAGCGCAUUCUGCCCUAUUUUACCCCUUACUACCGUGUCAUCCUCUAUGACCUCAUUUGCGCCGGCAGUGUCAAUCCCGAUUACUUCGAUUUCCGGCGAUACACCACUCUUGAUCCCUAUGUUGAUGACCUCCUCAACAUACUCGACGCCCUCGGCGUCGAUCGGUGCGCCUACGUCGGCCACUCCGUCUCCGCCAUGAUCGGAAUUUUAGCGUCCAUUCGCCGGCCGGAGCUCUUCACUAAGCUCGUCCUCAUCGGAGCAUCUCCGAGGUUUCUAAAUGAUAGGGAUUACCAUGGUGGAUUCGAGCAAGGUGAAAUUGAGAAAGUGUUUUCGGCCAUGGAGAUGAAUUACGAGGCGUGGGUGAAGGGUUUCGCUCCGCUAGCGGUCGGGGCGGACGUCCCGACGGUGGUCCGGGAAUUCAGCCGGACAUUAUUCAACAUGAGGCCCGACAUAACGUUGUUCGUGUCACGCACCGUGUUCAAUAGUGAUUUGAGGGGGGUUUUAGGGCUAGUGAGAGUGCCAUGUUGCAUAAUUCAGACCGCGAGGGACGUGUCCGUGCCACAAUCGGUGGCGGCCUACUUGAAGAGCCACCUCGGCGGGCGGAACACAGUGGAGAUGUUGAACACGGAGGGCCACUUGCCCCACCUGAGUGCACCCGGAUUGUUGGCUCAUGUCCUCCGCCGAGCCCUUUCACGGUGAUGAUGAUUCAAGUGUACAUUGUCACAGCUACUACCACAUCAUGUGGUGGUGUGUGUGGGUGUUUCUUUGUGGGACCCAAGUUCUUAACAAGAUAUUGGAAUAAAAAGUGGAGUUGUCUGACACCUGUCGAAUAAGUGGUGGUCGUUUGUCCUUGCAUUUUGGAUUAUACAAUCCUUGAGGAUAAGAUUGAUCACGUGACCGUCACGUGACAAUGUACUGAUUUUGUCUUUUCCGUUUUUUGGUUUUUUGUUUUCUUGCUUUUGCUUUCUUUAUCACCUUUUCUUGGCAAAACAAACAAGAAAUGAAAACGAUUCAUAGUUUUUCUGUAUUA